AUGGAAGGGUUACGUCAAUAUAAAAACUCUACAGGUCUUAGUGCUGAUAUCAUUCAUCGAAUAGCACUCUCAGAAACUGCAUCACAUCUGAAACAAGUGCAGAUCUUAAAACUAAUUAAAAUGGCCGGUUUAAAGCUCGUCUCAACCUUUGCUCUGCUGUCGAUGGCGUCCGCGGGACACUUGGGUCACUAUCAAGGGUCUUCUGGAUACAAUUCUUUCGGCGCAAACUCAUUUAACACGGCAUCGGCUUCUGCGUACACUGGCAACUACGGCGGUGCACAUAUCCCCAUAUUGCGGUAUGAGAACGUGAACAAUGGCGAUGGUACUUACAGAUACAGUUACGAAACCGGCAAUGGCAUAUCAGCGCAUGAAAGUGGAGCACCCCGCGCACCUGGUCCGGAAGGACCCGCAGUAACUGCUGAGGGAGGAUUCUCUUAUACCGCCCCCAAUGGUCAGCAAGUCUCUCUCUCCUACACCGCAGAUGAGCACGGUUUCCAUCCAGUUGGCUCUCACAUUCCCACCCCUCCACCGAUCCCUGAAGCUAUAUUACGCUCUAUCGAAUUCAACAGACAGCACCCGUCAUCUGGUGACGGUGCCUACCACGGUGGACGUUACCAACAUGGCUACAAAUACUAA